ACUCGACAAGGGGCUGCAUAGCAAUUAUUUAGCUUUCACAAAUUGUCUAAAAAGGUCUUGCUGGGGUCCCUACAGUCUGGCCCCUACAGUCUAUGGUCCCUACAGUAUAUGCACUACCCGGCUAAAUCAGGUAAGCUAGCAUAUUUUAGCUAGCCAGUAGGUGGCUCUGGGUGAGAGCUAACGUUAGCUGCGCUGCCAACGCAGCGUGUCAGUAACGUUAAGACAAAGCUGAACAUGUUCCUGUUGUGGUUGCUCGUGGUGUCCGCUCACACGCCAUCUCAGAAAUCACAAACAGCAUUAACAUUACGUUAAUUUUCACCCAUUCAGAAAGUACGGUCGACUUCAGGCUCUCUAAGCAGCAGGUAACCUCAACGUUACAGCGAAGACAACAGGUAAACCGGGACUUAACUGUGCGUAAAGCAUUACUAGUCAUUUUGAAUGUUAUCUAUUUCAAGGACCCUGACAUAUUUAACCGUCUCACAACUGUUCCAUCUUUGCUGUGGAGUUCACAUAAUAAGUUAAAAGGGCCGCAUGUGGUUUAUAUACAUUUCAAACUGACCCACAUGUGUUUGAGUAACCAUUUGUGUCCCACCUUACUGUUUGUGUUCCGGCUGUAAUAGUGCUGAACAAUGGGAAACUAUAAACUAGUUUUCACUGAUAAUGUUAGUACUCCAAUUUCAGCCAAAUUGAAACCAUUUUGAAAUCGGGAUCAGAAGCUGCAGUGCUGACCUCUGUUGACUGAUUUAUAUUCACAGCCUACAUUUGAUGUGUUGUUGCUGAAAGCUUUGUAAAAGAAGUCUAAUUUUGUUAUGUUCUGAAUGCGUUUUCAAAAGGGGUCCUGGACAAAGACUGGACAUAUGAUUCGGUUAAACUGAAUUGUGUGGAGGAUACAAACUUGAGCUAAGUUCAGCACAAAGCAUUUCCAGGAACUGGUCUUAGAGACUCUGCAACACCCACACAGGUGUUUUCACUUAUUCUACUUGAUUAGGCCUCUGCUCAGGUUCAAGUUGGGCAGACCUAUAAUGGGAAUAGUAUGGUGGCCCAGAGGCUCAAUGCACUGCAACUUAAGAAAUGCAAAUAGACAAAACACAAGCAAAUUAAGGAAACAUCUUCACCACUUUUGACAACACAUUUGCAGCAGUUAGGAAAAAAAAAAAAGCAAAUACAAAAACACGCUGCAAAUACAGAAAACAAGCAGGAUGUGAGGAGUCUUAUUCGUUUUUUUUUUUUUUUUUUUUUAAUUGAUUCAUGUUUUGAAUUUCUUAUAAAUCAGCUGUCUGGGCAGCUGAUUUAUAUACAGUGGCAAACUGAUAUGAUGGCAUGUCUUACAUGAGAAUUCUAGCCCAUCUAAAUUUUAACGUAAAGUAAUUGAUUAAUAUGGAUGUUAAACAUAAAAGCUGCCAUGAUGAUCACAGAUAGCCUAUAUAGCAUUUUAAUAGCUAGUCUUGUCAUAGAAAAAAAAAAACCCAACAUAAUUAAAACAAUAAUUAUUGGAGACUGAGUACAAGCUGAAUAGAUUGGUCUGAUAACAUUUAAUUAAAUCGUGUUUCUGUGACUUCCUGUCGUGACUGCAGCUUUGUGUCACUGCCCUGUGCUGCUGCCACCUGCGCUCAUCCACUUUCCAGCAGAGCCUACUGUCAUGGCUUACUGGGACAUGUGAAUAGAGCGGAGCCAUUAUUAUUGUUAUUAGUAACAUGCACAAUACCAGGGCACUGACCCACAUGAAUGGAAAUCAGCCAUCAGUAAAGUAAUUAAUUACACCUGUGCGUUUCCUACUAUGAUGAGUCAAAAUGUCUGCUGUGAAAAAGGUCACCAAAGUCCAUAUAGCCCUUCUUCAGAAUAGACUUUUUAUUGCUUCAUACAAAUUCUUCUUGAAUUGGGUGAAUUUGGUCGAGUACGCUAAAAAAAGUGCUAAAAUAUAGUAUGUUCAAAACAGUGAGUAAGCAUACUAAAAAUGCUAAAUUGUUGAGCUCGCUGUUGAUGGACACCAUUUUCCCCACAAUGCAUUGCAGAAAGGAAAUAGAGGCGCUACUCACAGCUGGAAAAAAAAAAAAGUGAAACAAAUUGUGCAUGGUGGUGAAACAGCUUUGUGAACACCAAAAAUAAAAAAAUAAACUAACAAAGACAAAUCUUUUUAUGCUGUCUGCUUGUUAAGUUGAAUUGGCAGUGAAAUUCCAAAGUUGCAGUUUGAUUGACAUGAAAUGGUUACAUGUGUUGAUUUUUCUUGUAUACUAACUGCAUAAACUGUAUACUUAAGAUAUUUAGUAUAGUGUACACACUGUAUACAAUUAGAAUGUAGUAUGAAAUUGGGACUUGUCAUAGCUGGAAAAGCACAGGUGAGAGUACUAACAUGUAACGAUGGCUUACUUCUGUUAAGGUGUCCCAGUUAAGCAGCAUUCACAGCGUCAGGGCCCUGAAACUGAUCCACGGCAUGAACGACUAAGAUUAAUGUUAUUAAUUACAUCUGUGUUUAACAAGUUAAAAUGUCUCCUGUGAGAAAUACAAUAUAUUAAAAAAACGGUAAAGGUCUAAAUGUUCCCACCCUAACAGGAGAGCGAGGGAGAUGCCUGGUGAGCAUGGUCUGACUCGGUACACGUCCACACAGCUCUGAGAAGAGCUCUAAUCAGGCAGAAUAAGUGAAAACACCUGUGGGGGUGUAUCAAGGAUGUGCAGGCCCUCUAAAUCUCCUCGAACCUCUAACUUGCCGGUGUACAGCUUUUGUUUGCAGGAGAGCCAUUGACAAGGGGCAGCCAGCCUUCACAGGAAGCUUUGGCAAGCUGGGGAAAUUUCAUCUCUUGAUAAAGGAGGUCCUGGAGCUUCUUAUGAUGCUCCUCGCUUUCUUCAGUAGGGAUGAGUGGGAGAUGGAGCCAGGUGUUUGGCAGCAGCAGAGUGUUCAGGUGUAACUGUGCCGGUGACGGGACAUGACGAGCAGCCGCAGAUGAAGGAUGAGGCGUGGAGGAUUUUGGGAAGAGGGGCACCCCACGACCUGCUCCCUCAAGAAUACCCCCACUGAUCGAGACGAGGUAACCCCAGCGAGAGAAAACAUAGGAAGUGGGGGGAAACUGCUGGUAUCUGGAAGUACUCAGGAGUGAGUGGAACAAGUCGUCUCUCAGCCAGUGAAAUAUGGGCAGUGAGUACCAACCACUGUCUUUAGCAGAGUCAUGCAGAAGCUUAUUCAUAGAGACGUCAGAGUGCUUUAUAUGCAGGGAUGUUGAACUUCAAGCCAGUGACCCACUGAGGAACUUCUGUGACUGCAAGAAUUUACUUGCCCAUCACGUGUGUCUGUCCACAUGGAUCCAGAAGGGAUGUGGGAGUGAAGACAGGCUGCGAUGCAUCGUCUGCAAAGCCAAGUACCAGCUCCAGUGGAGUUCCCCGUGGCGGUCGGUGAGCUUCCAGUGGCAGACGUGGCUUGUGCUGAUCACUGCGUUUGCUUUGCUGGGUCUGGUGCCUUAUGUUAUUCACUGCAUGAUGACAGCCUUCAGCAACCCGCCUCCUCCGAGCACCUUUAAAGUGGCAGCAGUCUCUUUUGGUCUGCUGACAGAGAUCCUGCUGAUCAAGUGUCUGUUCAGCUACCUCAGCAGUCGUUACCGGCAGGCCGAGCAGAGCUCAUUCACAGUCCGGGCCAGAGGCUUCGAAGAGGACAGACUGAGCCCGGGCCGCUGGGAUCGGUCUGAGGCUGCUUCAGCAGCGGCAGGUCACGCUUCAGCAUCGGCCUCACCCAGUCAAGUGGACGAAAUGAAAGUGGAUGUGUUGAAGAGUGGAUGUCUCAGCCUUUUCUGAACCACUAACAGAAGGAGGUUACAGAAUACAGGGUGAGAGUGAAUCCUUUGGGUAUUAGAUGUUUCUAACAGCCAUUGAAAUAUCACGUCAGGCCUUUUUGAGAUCUUACACUUUAAAACCUAUUUUCAAGGUGUCAGAUAUCCUUGUUUCUCUAUGUCAAACCCGUGCACUCUCACUUUAUUCAGUGGAUAUAUUCUCACAAAAUGCAAAUUGAUCAUAAGGAGGCUAAUGCACGCAGCUUGCAUGAGUGUGUUCAGGCUCAGAGAGAGAAAAAAAACCUGAAAUCACUCUCUUUCCUUAAUGAUGUCCACACAGAGACAACGGGGCGCCGCUCUGAUUAGUGUCACCUGUCCUUGUGCAUCUCAUCAGCUCCAUUAUGGCUCCAUCUCCCAUGCUUCUUCUACUAAUUGAAUAGCCUGUGAAGUGGUGACGAGGACGGGGGCGAGAGCAACGUCUGUCCCACUGCUGCUUCAGAAAUUAGAGUAAAGCUUCCCAGUGAGGACUACUGUUGUUCUUAAAACAUAAACCAUCAUCAGACAGAUAGAAGACGUGCUAAGUAGCCCUCAUGUUACAUUACCAUCAUGUCAUCUGCUGAUUGCGUUCAUAUAUAACAGCUUUGAAUUAGCAUCUACUGUAUGUUUUGAGGGGGAUACAAUGGCGCACUACACAUUUUCUUCCGUGUAUCAGACAGAGCGUUCAUACUGGAUGUAGCCAUAAGACACUCGCUGAUGUUCUUCAGGUGUAUAUACAGUGGCUGCACAUGGGCAACUAAAGUGCGGUAUGGGUAAAGGUAUGGUUAAAGCAGAAGUUUGACAUUUUGGGAAAUACUCUUAUUUGCUUUGUUUACGUUUAGAGAGAGUUGGAUAAGAAAAUUGAUGCUCUGUGCCUUAAAUAUACUAUAAGGCUACAGCCAGCAGCUGGUUAGCUUAGCUUAGCACAAAGACUGGAAACAGGGGGAAAAGGCUAGCCUGGCCUGGUCAGAUCAAAAUCCACCUACCAGCACCUCUAAAGCUCACUAAUUAACACAUUAUAUCUUGUUUGUUUAAUCCAUACCAAAACGACAGUUCGCUGUUUUUUUUUGGGGGGGGGGGUUAUGUGCUGGACAUUCCCAAAAUGUCAAAUUAUUCCUUUUAGGUUAGGAAACUAGAAGAAGGCUGGCAUUAUUAAAUAUUUUUUGUAUUGUCAACAAAUCCUAUGAAAAGAUGAUGAUGUUAGCUUAAUUCUGGGGGGCACGGCUUUGCUGCUGACCCGGUGUGCUCACCUGCCAUUUGUCUGAGUUUGAAUAUUUUAUGGCCCUUGUUUUAUGUGGAUUAACUGGGAACGACCUUCCAACACAAACUGGAUUCCACACAAUGAACUGGAAACGCUUGUUGGACAAGUCAGCAAGACUUCCUGGUCUGAGAGAACGGCUGUGAAGACACGGCUGCAGAUUACCUGUCAUCACGCUGAAUAUGACAAGGAAUUUAGGCAGAGCAAUCUUAUCUGUCUUACAAAGACUUGGCUCAAAAAUCAUGCAACUCCAAAUCUAAGAGGACAUACAACAAUUAGAGCAGACAGAGAUGAACGUGCUGUGUAUCUUUGUGGAGAAUAACUGGGGAAAACAGUUCUGCAAGUGUGCAACCCAGACUUUGAAGUUUUAACCGUCUCUUUUAGACCUUUCUAUCUUCAGCGAGAGUUUGGUCAAAUCACUCUUAUUCUCACUUACGUGUCUGGUCCAAAUAAUGAUGCUACAGCAGAGAGGCUAGUGCAGAGUUACACUGAUGCCUUCUCUCGCUCUGCAGAUCAACCUGCUUUUAUUCUUGGAGAUUUUGAGAUGUAAAUGUGAUUUAUCUUGGUAUUUAUAUGGACUUCAUGGCAAUAUAUGGACUGCCCCACUCUUCAUCUUUGCUUCAGGGACAUCCCUGAUGCCUGUAACGCUGUUUGCAGACCGCCCUUGGGAGCUGUUGCUCAAGUAUAAGGUACUAGUGAAACAAGUGAAACCCAUCACCAAAGUAGUACAAGUGUGGUCUGAGGAAUGUGAAGGAACUGAGAGACUGUCUAGAGGACACCGAAUGGGACAUUUUCUUCAAAUCUUGCAUGAAAUCGCAGACACUAUUUCCUCUUAUAUUAAGUUGUGUGAGGAUAAUGUGAGACAAAGACUGUGAGAAUAUUCCCAAACAACAAGUCUUGGGUAUCAAAAGAACUGAAAGGAUGUCUUAAUGAAAAGAAAAUGGCCUUUUGCAGUGGUGACACUGAAUUAUUGUCUGAGAAAAGGAGACAACUAAGACGGAAGAUCUUGAAAGCUAAAAUAGAUUACAAAAAUAAGAUUGAAAUGAAGUUUUCUACGGGUAACAUAAAACAAGCAUGGGAAGGCUUAAAUACACUAAUGGGGAGGGCCAGAAAGAAGGAAGAAUGCUCUGUCAGUAACAGGCAGUCCUUUGCUAAUGAGCUAAAUGUUUUUACAGUAGAUCUGACUGUGUGGACGACAGCGUGAAACGUGACAGCAGCAUAUCCUUAAUCUCACAUAUAGUGUUGAAAGAGGAAGAGAUUGCUGCUAGUCUUUCCACAGUGAAGCCAAAAAAGGCCACUGUCCUUAAAGACUGUGUCCCCCAAUUAAAAGAAGUCUUUAGAGGUUAUUCCAGUACUUUUUAAACUCACGCACAGUGCUUAAAUCAUAGAAACUCUCAAUCAUUAAGCCUGUGCACAAAAAGCCAAAGGCAAGUAUGCUGAAUGACUUUUGACCAAUAGCCAUCGGUAGCUAGUCAUCUAUCUUCCUCUGUGGCUGAGUAUUUGGCCCAAACACACGCUCUUUAGGCCGGGUGCAAAAGUAGCAAUUUGGAGAUCAAUGUUGAUAAGGCUAAAGAAAUUAUCGUUUGUGCCAAGCAGGAUUUCACAACACAGUCUGUUGUAUUUGACAGCCAACUUGUUGAAACUGUUGGAAGUCAGUCAAUCUUCAUAACAAAAUCAACAAAACCCUGAUUGAGAGUGUUUUAACACUUGACUUCAUGGUUUGGUCACCUGAACUGCAGGCUUAGGAAUAAGCUGGCUAGAAUAGCUGGCAUUGCCAGUAAAAUAAUUGGGAAGCCCCAGAUGAAACUGGGUGAGCUGCAUACUGUCGGGACAAGAGAUAAAGCCCUAAGCAUUCUGACAGACCGUUCUCAUCCUUUAUUUUCUCAGUUUGAGACUCUGAACUCUGGGAGACCUUUGGCACCCUAAUGUAUUCCAAAUGCAAUCACCAUUUUAAACUCAAACAAGUGAGCCACAAAUCUUGCUCCACAGUAUUUUGCAUUAUAUUCUAAUGUUUUAGGUAUUUUAUCUGUAAUUUUUACUUAUGUACUCCAGACAUAAGUUUUUUGUUUGGUAUCUUGUUGCCACAUUUGUUACUAUAUGUUACCUGUUUUAUACGUUACCUGUUCUCAUGCUGCUUUUAUGUUUUGGUGAGCCAAAGACAAUUUUCCACUCUGGUGGACAAUAAAGUUGCAUUGUAUUCUAUUCUAUUCUAAAGACCAAAGCCAAAAUCAAUGCAUAAGUCUGUCUUUCAAUACCUACUGACUCCGCCACCCAGUCUGUGGCUCUCAGCUGGAAGCCCACUAGUACAGAAGACGUAAAUCUGUAAAAACAGGUUAUAAAUAUACAGCUGUUUUUUUUCCUGGGGACUAUUUUCAGUGGCGGAUUGAUACACAUUUGGUGCUUAGUGAGUAUUUCUGGGCGGUGUGUGUUGGAUUGAGUGAAAGUAACUACAGUGAUGUGUUCAUGGUAAUGAAGGAACAUGUCACUCAGUGCAACACUGUGGCUCAUUGAUGUGUUUUUAAUAGUUUUUGGAUAACAAUGGAGCUCGAUGGCACGGCGGAAUAACAUAUACCAGGCUUUGGAUACACAGACAAUACUUCAUGGGAUAUGUUGACAAUAAGAAAAUCACCAGCCUUAUCCUUUAAACAUGAUUAAAGGAAAUUCUUUCAUACUUUUGGCCAUCAAGUAUACAACAUCAUUAUCUAAAUCACUUAUUAUAUUUGGUUUAGUUCUAUGUUAUUAGUCAAGUAGUUAUUAUUCUUUUUAUGGGUCACCCGGAAACCCACUUUGUACUUCACACCUAUUUUAUUUUAUACUUAUACCCACUUGGUACUUAAUUUAUUUUCUGACCUGUAUUAUAGUGUAUUAUAUUUUUUGCUUAGUACUUCUAUUCUUGUGUGUACUGACGUGACAGUGAGCUGCUGUAGCAAAAGAGUUUCCCCUCGGGGAUCAAUAAAGUAUUUCUGAUUCUGAUUCUGAAGCUCCAAAAACUCUGGAUCCUACAUUUCCCAUAAUGCAACCAGUAGCAUCUUUUUCUUAGUUUGUACCACAUGCUUUCUGCCAUUAAUUUGUAGUCUACAAGCCCAAGCUGAGAUAACGCUGAUGAUGUCACCUAAAUAACCCUGAUGAGGUCGUCCGGGUUACUCUCUCAGACUUGACGUUGCUCCUCCAGAGCCACAGAGGACAUUAUACAACUGUUCUCACAGGAGUUCCCUUUUAAUGGAUAAUGUUCACUAUAUAUCUUCUGUAAAUAAAUGCUCAUCUAUAAAUGUAAUCCAUAGGAAACUGUCUUGUAUGUGAAAUUAUUAUAUUGAAUAAUUUAAUGUUGUGUUUCUGUAAACAAUUGUUGAACUACUAUAUUGUUCAAAGAUUUUUAUAUAUGGAAACAAAUAAACACUGAGGCGGGCCUCUA